AUGUCGACGACAGUUGAGAAAAUCAAGGCGAUUGAAGAUGAGAUGGCUCGUACGCAGAAAAACAAGGCGACGUCGUUUCAUCUUGGGCAAUUAAAGGCAAAGUUGGCCAAGUUACGGAGGGAGUUGUUGCAGGGUGUUUCGGCAAGUGGUGGUGCUGGUGGUAUUGGGUUUGAUGUUGCUAGAACAGGUGUUGCUUCUGUUGGGUUUGUUGGGUUUCCGUCUGUUGGUAAAUCGACGUUACUUUCAAAGCUGACCGGUACAGAGUCCGAGGCAGCAGAAUAUGAAUUUACUACGUUAGUAACGGUUCCCGGUGUAAUCCGUUACAAGGGGGCCAAGAUACAGAUGUUGGAUCUUCCAGGGAUCAUUGAUGGUGCUAAGGAUGGUCGGGGACGUGGUAAACAGGUGAUUGCUGUUGCAAGGACGUGUAAUCUCUUAUUCAUUAUACUGGACGUCAAUAAGCCGUUGCAUCAUAAGCAGAUUAUUGAGAAGGAGUUAGAAGGGGUCGGUAUUCGGCUAAACAAGCAGCCGCCUGAUAUUAUCAUGAAGAAGAAGGAGAAAGGUGGUGUGUCCAUAACAAAUACAGUUCCAUUGACCCACUUGGAUCAUGAUGAGAUAAGGGCGGUGAUGAGCGAGUACCGUAUAAACAGUGCGGAGAUUGCUUUUAGGUGCGAUGCCACUGUGGACGAUUUGAUCGAUGUUUUGGAGGCACCCACCAGGAGAUACAUACCCGCCGUAUACGUGUUGAAUAAGAUCGAUUCGCUGUCACUAGAGGAGUUAGAAUUGCUGUACAGGAUCCCCAAUGCGGUGCCCAUAUCCAGUGGUAAGGAGUGGAACCUAGAUGAGUUACUCGAAGUGAUGUGGGAUCGGUUAAACUUAGUUCGUGUUUACACCAAGCCUAAGGGGACCAUGCCUGACUUUAACGAUCCAAUUGUGUUACGUUCUGACCGCUGUUCUGUGAAAGACUUUUGUAACCAGAUCCACAAGUCUUUGGUCGAAGAAUUUAGAAAUGCCCUAGUAUAUGGCAGUAGUGUCAAGCAUCAACCGCAGUAUGUUGGAUUGAGUCAUGUUUUAGAGGACGAAGACGUCGUCACAAUUUUGAAAAAGUAA